UCCCAGUUUUUUGCAAAUCAUGUUUUGGACCUCCUGAAUCCAAAAAAAUAUCCAGACAAUUGGUAUGAAGAAAUUACAUCUAGCCAGCAGUUUUUUUCUCUGGCUGCAGUUUACAAGUUACAGAUAAUAGGAUUAAUAGUGGCAGAAAUUAAAUCUCAAUCAAAAUGUAACAGAGAGGACCAAGGACUUUUAUCAUCACAUUUUGCAAAGAAUACUGAAGUAGCUUACAUAUUGACUUUAGGAGUAGUCAGAGAAUGCCGUCGAAAUGGAAUUGCAACUCUCCUUUUAGAUAGCUUAAUAUCUCACCUAACAACAAAUCCAGAAGAGAACAAUUGUAAAGCUAUUUAUUUACAUGUACUGACUACUAAUAUGACAGCAAUCAGAUUCUACGAACAUCGAAACUUUCGACUGCAUUCUUACCUUCCUCUGUAUUAUUCUGUCCAUGGUAGCCUAAAAGAUGGAUUUUCGUACGUCCUCUACAUAAAUAGUGGUCAUCCUCCGUGGACUUUACUAGAUUAUAUCAAGCAUUGGAGUAGUUUGGCUCUCCAAAUGAAAGUAUGUUCAUUACCAAAACAUCUGUUGCAAAUGAUGAGAAGGCUAAUUACAAAAUUAUGGCCAUUUACAUCUUAAAAUUGCAUGUACAAAAAAAAAACUACAUAUGCAAAAGCUGACUUCAUAGUAAAAAUUGGUGAUGUACAGAUGGAUAGAAUAUCAUUUUUUUAAUAUCUACAUUAGUAAAUAAAUAUAUAUAUACAUAUAUAUAUAUAUAAUAAAUUAUUAAUCUCAAAUUUGCAUAAAUUAAUUUUGUGAUAGACUUGCAGAUUGAGAUUUUGUAAAUUUCAAAGAUGUUAGCACAAUUUUAAUUAUUUCUAUAGGUUAAUUGUAUACAUUUCAAUAUAAUUAAAUUAUAUAUCACCACGCAAAUAUGCCAUAAAGAAACAAAGCAGAGCAAUUUAUUUAAGUCCAUAAAUUGCUUAUAGCAAUUAGGAUAUGCUUAUAAUGUAAAUAUAUUUAGUUUCAUAAUUUAUGUGUAAAGUUCUAUUGUAAUAUAAUGAAUGAUUCCAUUUGAUAAAGCAAACUUGUAUUUCGUAUGCCAUUCUGUAUUGAAAACGAUCCUAACGAAUUGUGAUAAGUGCAAUUUUCUCAUUUUUAAAUGUUUUUUUUUCCACUGUAUACGAUUAUUAUUAUUAUUAUUUUCAACAUAUUUAUAAUUACAAUAUUUUCAUGAGACUAGAUAGUGAGGCUGCUUUAAUGCACUUAUCACUGAGACUAUAUGAAAAUAUUUUUUAAUAAAACUCAAACUUUUCUUUGU